GUAUCUUAGAGAUGUGCGCACCGGCGUUUUCAUUUAUUUACGUUUACGCUUCGCAAAUGUUGUGAAAAUUGCAUUUUCAAUGCUCCCCAUACCAAAAACAGCACAAAUUGUUAUGUGAUUUAGUUAUAAUGUGCGCAAACAAUCAACGUCCAAAUCCCCCGUCAGCUGUGUCCAGGUGCUCCGAAGGACACUUGAGUCUAUACAUUUUUGCGGGCACCGCCGCACUUAUCCUGCUGCCCUCUGUGCCGCAGAUAUAUUAUGGCAUUGUGCCCAAUGUUUGGGGCGCGGUGCUUUGGGGUCCCGUGCUCUACUAUGCACUAAUUAAUAUGAUAAUACGAUUUGUGCUCCGAAACAACGACUAUCAGGUGGCGAUACGCGCCUGUUUUCUAGGCUUUGUUGAGGCGGUGAGCGUGCUAGUCAUUUGUUUUGCGCCCACGCCUUGGCAGCAAUUCGGCGUCUACGGCUGCUUUAUGGCCUUCUUCCACUACACGGAGUUUCUGGUCAUUGCCUGGGCCAACCCACGCACCUUGUCCCUUGACUCUUUUAUGCUAAACCAUUCGGUUCACUAUGGCUUAGCCGCUGCAGCCAGCUGGGUGGAAUUUGUGCUGGAAUUGUAUUUCCUGCCGGAUUUCAAGCGUUAUGGCCACCUUUGGCUGAUAGGCGUAGUACUAUGUGCUGGCGGCGAGGUAAUACGUAAGGUGGCGAUCAUAACAGCAGGACGCAGCUUUACACAUCUGGUGCAGGACGAGAAACACUCUGAUCAUAAGCUCAUUACGCACGGCAUCUAUGCGUACAGCCGGCAUCCGUCCUAUGUUGGCUGGUUUUGGUGGUCCAUUGGCACACAAUUCAUACUUAUGAAUCCAAUAUGCAUCUGUAUUUAUACGCUAGUCAGUUGGCUCUUCUUUCACGAUCGCAUCUACGUCGAGGAGUACUCGCUGCUCAAUUUCUUUCAGUCCGACUAUGUGCGCUAUCAGAAACGAGUGCCGACGGGCUUGCCCUUUAUUAGAGGCCAUCUGAUUGAGUAACCAGCUGUGAUCGCCGUUUAGGAGAGUCUAGCGUGCAAUGUCAGCCACACAAAUCGCAUAAGCAAACAAAUUUAGUCUUAAGAAAUGAAAUACAAUCUGUAAAGUAUUAGACUCUUGUAUAGAACAACAAAAAAAAAGCGAAAGCGUAAUAGUAGAUAAAAAAAGAGUGUUUCGUAAUUCCAUUCUUAACUACAUUUAUACGACUCCUGAAAAUAGUAACUUUCAAUUAUAUCUUUAUAUCUGUCCAUUAAGUUCAAAUUUUGUAUACCGCUUAGUACCUGUAUUCCAUUAUUUUGUGAAUUGAACUUACAUAUUUCAGGAUUUCUAUAAAAGUUCUCUAAGACUCUAGGACCAACAUUUUUCAAUAACAGAAAGUUUCAAAUAUGACAACAAAAAUGUAUUAGAUGCGCCAGAAAUU